ACCACAGCGAACAACCCAAGUGGACACAGAAAUGUAGUUAGCAGCCGUGCUAGCUAUCCGCUCCUUUCCUGUAUACGCUAGAACAGACACAAACAGCCUCUGCCGCGCAUGCCCCGUGAAGACGUGACAGACAUGCACUGUGGGAAGUGUAUUUCAAUUCAAUGAAAACACAGUGUUACAAAACCCGAACCAGCGCGCUCAUGUAAGUGGUUGUGUAAGGGGAAACGCCACGGGUUUCAGACGCCUGGCUGCUGCUGUCACGACGGCUACUCUGUCUGUUGUUUAUUCGUUUAAUUUCACGUUUUGUUGUCCACUCGAGCGGAGCCUGCAUCAUUUGAAGCUUCCCACCCUGUAUGCUGCACUGUGUUUGGAGGAGCACAUCACCUUUUUCUGCACCAGGGCGCUUCUUAAAGCUUCUCCCUCACCAUCAUCAGAGGCCCAGCAGCCCCGCACUCUUCUUCCUGACCAGUUUCUUCAGCUGCCAGCCGACCAUGUCAGGCACGAAACGCAAGGCAUCUUCUGCAACGGCUGGCAAGGAUCACCGUGCCAAGCAGCAGAAGCUGGCUCCCGUCAAGCAGGAGAAGAAGGAGAAAGUUGGGGGCUGGCUGCAGAGUCUUGUGCAGCAGCAGAGAUCAGAGAAGAAAGACGUGAAGUUCAACAAAAAGCGCCUGCGUUUUCUAUCUGAUACUGAAAAGAUAAAGCAGGGCUCAGAGGGUGUCCUCUACUGGAUGUUAAGAGAUCAGAGAGUACAAGAUAACUGGGCACUGAUCCAUGCCCAGCGGCUCGCCGUGAAGGAGAACCUCCCUCUGCAUGUCUGUUUCUGUUUGGUAGUGCCCAAAUCAGAGCUGUCUACUCUGAGACAUUACAGCUUCAUGCUGAAGGGGCUGGAAGAAGUUGCAAAGGUACAAACAUCAAAAUGAACAUAUAGUGAAUAUAAUACUAUUCCUUUAAAGUAAAUCCUGCAC